UACGAUGGCCCAAGUUCCACCGCCAAUGACUCAAGUGGUUACCAGUGCUCCACCACCGACCGCAGCAGCAACCGUCGUCGCCGGUGCAGUUGCCGGACAACCACAAGCCGUCAUUCAGCAGGGUCCACCGCCAACAAACAUAGGAUACCCGCCAAAUGCAACCUAUUCGAUGGCUUCACUCUACAUUGGUGAUCUUCAUCCCGAUGUUUCAGAGGCUAUGCUAUUCGAGAAGUUCAGUAUGGCGGGACCGGUGCUUUCAAUCCGAGUGUGCCGCGACAAUACCAGCCGCUUGUCGCUCGGGUAUGCCUACGUCAACUUCCAGCAGCCUGCUGAUGCCGAGCGCGCCUUGGACACUAUGAACUUCGAAGUCAUCCACGGACGUCCAAUGCGUAUCAUGUGGUCCCAACGUGACCCUGCUGCUCGCCGUGCCGGAAAUGGAAACAUCUUCAUUAAGAACUUGGAUCGUGUCAUUGACAACAAGUCCGUCUACGACACUUUCUCGCUUUUUGGAAACAUUUUGUCUUGCAAAGUUGCCACCGACGAUGAAGGAAACAGCAAAGGAUACGGAUUUGUUCACUUCGAGACUGAGCACUCUGCGCAAACUGCCAUUGAGAAAGUCAAUGGAAUGCUUCUUUCUGAUAAGAAAGUCUAUGUCGGAAAAUUCCAACCUCGCGCACAACGCAUGAAGGAGCUUGGAGAGAGUGGCCUCAAGUACACCAACGUCUUCGUCAAGAACUUCGGCGAGCAUCUCGACCAGGAAAAGCUUUCCGCAAUGUUCUCCAAGUUUGGAGAGAUUACUAGUGCCGUAGUGAUGACCGAUGCGCAAGGCAAACCAAAAGGUUUUGGAUUUGUCGCUUUUGCUGAUCAGGAUGCCGCUGGUCAAGCUGUUGAAAAACUCAACGACAGCAUUUUGGAAGGAACUGACUGCAAGCUUUCAGUCUGCAGAGCUCAAAAGAAGUCUGAGCGUUCUGCAGAGCUCAAGAGAAAGUACGAAGCUUUGAAGCAAGAGCGUGUCCAGCGUUAUCAAGGAGUAAACUUGUACGUCAAGAACAUUGAGGAAGAUCUCAACGAUGAUGGUCUUCGUGAUCACUUUUCUUCCUUCGGAACAAUCACUUCUGCUAAAGUUAUGGUUGAUGAGAACGGAAGAUCGAAGGGAUUCGGUUUCGUGUGCUUUGAGAAGCCAGAAGAGGCAACCGCUGCCGUCACUGAUAUGAACUCCAAAAUGAUUGGAGCCAAGCCACUGUAUGUGGCCCUUGCUCAACGCAAGGAGGAUCGUCGUGCUCAGUUGGCAUCUCAGUACAUGCAAAGACUUGCAACUCUUCGCAUGGGACAGCAGGCCAGCGGAGUUCCAGCAAUGACUCAGCUCUACCAGCCAGGACAACAAGGAUACUUUGUUCCAAAUCCAAUGAAUGCUCAAGGGCGUCCAGGAUUCCAGCCACAAUCUGCUCAAAUUCGCGGACCACCAGGACAACGCGUGUUCCAAAACCAGAUGUUCAUGCAAUAUCCAUUCAAUCAGCGCCAAGUUUACCCACAACAACAGGGACGUCCACCAAUGCGAACCAACGAUGGUCGUCCACAAUAUGGAAUGGCUCCAAGACCAGCCGGAGCACCACGUGUCGGAGGACCUGGAGUGCAGAUGGGAGGGGCACCUAUUCGUCAACAAGGACCAGCCCCACGCGGAGCACCACAGAAGCCGUUCUACCAAGGACCACCACGCCAGCAACAACCACAACAGCACUCCCAGCAACCAGCACAACAGCCAGGACAACAAGGACAAGGACAAUCCGGAAUCGUUAUUCACGGACAGGAGACUCUUACCUCCCAUAUGCUUGCUCAAGCUGCUCCACAAGAGCAAAAGCAACUUCUCGGAGAGCGUAUCUAUGCUCUUAUCGAGAAGAUGUUCCCGAACCACAAGGAGGCCGGCAAAAUCACUGGAAUGAUGCUGGAGAUUGACAACGCCGAGUUGAUCAUGAUGCUCCAAGACGCUGAGUUGUUCAGAAGCAAGGUCGAGGAAGCCUUUGGAGUGCUCACCAAUGCUCAGAGUGCUGCUGCUUCUACUUCUGCUCCAACUGCUAAAAACUAAGCUCUCUAACUUCAUCUUGCAUGCCAAGGUCGUAAUAUUCUCUGAUAUUCAGAGCAAAAAUUGUUGGCUAUACUUUUUGGUACUGAAAGCAGUAUUCAUUCUGCAUUUCAUAAUUUCUCAUCCAAUUUUUUUACCUUCCCAUUUCCUAUUGUACUUUCUUCAAAUAAUCUUACAAAAAACCCCAAAAAAAUUUAAAAAUCUGGAGAAAAAAUUAAAAAAAAAGGAAAAAAAUUCAAAAAAUUCAAAAAAAUGCUUCUAUUUUUCUUUAUUUCAAUUUCACAUUUCUUGCUUGGUAUUUAAAAUUGUCUUGAACUGCGUUGAAGCUGAUUUCUUUAACGAAUGUGUAUAGUUUCAUCUGAAAAUCCCUAAAAAAAAAUAUUUUUUCUUUUCUGGUCCUCUCUCUUGUCUCACUUCAAUCCAAUUCAACAUUUAUGUGUACUUUGUUACUUUCUCCAGAAUUUCGGUGUUUUUUUUUUUUUCAUCAAAAACUUGGAAACCUAGAGAUUGCAACUAAUUUUUAACAUGGUAAUUUGUUCGGCCUUGUAAUGUACUCCGAAGCCCAAGCUCAGAACAAAUCGUCUCACCCCCGCCAGCCAGCAAUUUCAUUGAAAUUAGAUGCUUCUUUCUGAAUGCUUUGAUAUUUCUGUGCAACAAUGUGCAACUUUGUCAUUUCCCGCCUAAUAAUAUGCUCUUUGUGUUAAUAAGUAUAUUCCCACUUAUAUAAGUUAUUGCAACUCUCACCCCUCCCCAUCCUCCCAUAAAACCUAAAAUUUUUCUUUUGUACCCCAAUUUGUACCCACAUAACAAUUGAUACAUCCAUUCUGUGGUUUUUCCGAUAUCCCAACAUCUUAUCGUUUUCCCCAGAAUUUUUCUAAUUAUCAUUAUAAUAAUUUUGUUGUAAACUUUUUGAAUUAAAUAAUGAUAAAUGUAUCUAUAAAAGGAA